AGUCAUGUAGUUUCACCAGUCCAGUAUGCUGUUUGUUGUCGUCUAAUGCCUGGUCAGCCGCUAUCAGUAGAUUCACUGUAUCAGUCUUGGCUAGGCUAGCUGUGUGACCGAAACUCGGCGAAAGUGUUCGCCAGCGGCCAGAGUUCUCUGCCACUUUUGGGCAGGUGGAGUGGAUUGUGUUUUGCGAAAGAGUGCUUCUGAUGAUCGAAGACUUAUCCCAGGUGAUAGCUGAGUGAUUGCUUUCUGUCGCUGUACAUGCUGUACGGCUUGUUCCCAACUGCGCUACAGGCACAGUCAGUCAUCAGAGAUCUGCUGUGUUUUCUAUUCUUUCUGUUGCCAGUGUUGGGCAUUCUUUCUGUUGCAUAGUUUGAAGUGGGUUCCGAGGGAAUCUCCCUUCCGCUGCUGAAGACAAAGAAAUCUAGAGCUAGAAAUAAAGUACAUGCAGGAACGGCUUCCAGGAUGUCCUGAACCAGGGAGUAGUAAAAUACACUCCCUGUCCUGAACCGUCCGUGAACGUUCUCCGUAUAUCCUACUCUCUACCCUGGUCCCGACCACAUGACAGCAGUAGAAAACUGUCACGGGCGAGUGCGUAGUGGAGUCUAGUCACGAGCGUCAUUCGUAGAGGACGAGAGAGCGCCUAGCCUUUCAACCUCACUGGCGCUGAGGUGAAAAUCCGAUCGAAGCGGAAGGCAGUGUUUUGACAGUGUGCGUGUGUGGACCCUUUCGGCUAGUUUUAGCUAGUUUCUGGCAGGUGUGCCAUCACCACGAUCACAGCCUCUAGUUUCAGACGUUAUUCGAGCGCUGACAGGGUUCCGCCGUGUACAACGAAGCGUUACAACUGGUAUGACUGGAGACGAUCUCUGCUGCUCUGCUGCCGUGUUGGCGGAUGUGACGAUUGUCGAGGACUGUUGCCUGCCGUGGUGGUGGAGUAGCGCUGACACUGCUGUUGCCGCUGCUGGUCGGAAAUAUCAGAAACAGAAUGAGUGCAGGCCACAUUGCAGCUGGAGUCGCUCCGGGCCAGCUUGAGUUGCUGGACAUGGCUGCUGUGGCCAUUCGAGACGAUGCUGAGACCGAGAGCGAUAAAGAGAGACGGCGGACGGCUCCGUCCAGUCCUCGAUCAACAGCACGACACAACCCGGCCAGCGCUCCGGAGCACGCCAAAUCUCCUCGUCACAAGGCGUUCAGUAUCGACGAUACGAACGCGCUCGACGGGUCAUCGCUAAGCCGUCGCUCCUCGGCGAGCGCACGAUCCGCCAAUGGCAACGGGCUGAACCAAGGACCGUCGAGCAACACACGCGAUGCCGACACACCAUUGUCAUACGAACCGACGAAGGCAGCAAUCGUUGAGGUAUCUAUGCCAAUAGGGAGGCAGGCUGGGGAGCGAAGUUCCAUCAAGAUGAAGUUGCGUGCGCUGAAGAAUCUCACCGCUCAGCGUAGCUAUGAUGAGAGUGAUGAGGAGAGCAGUGCGUUUCUGCGCGAGAGGCUCAAUAUCCGUCGCCUGUGGUGUGAUGUGAAAGACCCCAAGACACCUCAGUCAAGCGACUUUCAGGAAGAGGUUCGCAACCUCCUCCGCCAGCAGGAGCUGGACUGUCUUCUGCCGGAGGACUGCCUGGACGAGACCACGGCCGAGCUGGACGUGUUUGCACGCCUGGUGUACGAUCGUCUGGGUCGCAAUUACAACUCGGCACUGCUGCUUCUGACCAAGCACAGCUGGAUAGAGGACAAAGUGACGUCGCUUCUACUCGAUCGCCUCAUCAGCCACAACAGCAAGGCCACCUCGCCACAAGAUGAAGCGUUCGUUGCCCCAGACCCUCGGACUGGCAACACUCCGCUGCACCAGCUGGCCAGGAUCAACUACACGGAGUCGGCACACGUACUAUUCCGUCAGUACCCGCAACUCUGGCGCAUUGAGAACAAAGACGGAGUCUUGCCGCUGGAGGUGGCCUUUGACAACUCGUGCUGCAAGAUUGCUGUCAAGCUCAUGGACGACAUGCCCAAUGAUCACGUACGGGAUGUGUUCCAGAAGAGAAGACGCUUUGCCGACAUUCUGAACGACACGAAAAUGACGGACGCUACACACGCUAUCCUGGACAGGCUUGUUGCUGAGUGGCCGGAUGAGGAGGGUGAGGAGAGAGGUUUCGACUUCUAUUAUCAGCCUCUGGAGUCGGAUAGCAAGGGACGGAUGCCUGGGGAUGAGGGCUACAAUGGAAUGAACUCCUGCUUCAUGGCAAUACUACGCAGGAAGAAACUCUACCAGGCGUUUGGCAACCAGAGAGUUGUGCGUAUGUUACUGAACGCCAAGUGGCAGUCGUAUGGUGAGAAGAUGUUGUGGAUUUCAGCCAGCGCUUUCUUCCUGUUCAUCUUGGUGCUAACGUUUGCCACGGAGAUGGCCACAUCGGUAGCGGAUCCGACGUCGUAUAAUAACGCGGGAGACUACAUACGCGGUUUCUGUGAGGUGGUCAUACUGCUGGUACUUGCAGCUCUCUUUCUCGGCGAAAUCAUAGAAAUGGUGGAAUCAAGACAUGAUUGCCAUGGCUACUGGACAGACCAUUACAACUUAGCUCAGAUAACGUCGUUCACGUUUCUCUCCAUCGUGGUGCCACUGCGUUACCUAGACAACGACGGGCAGGCACAGUGGGUGUUUCUGUCAGUGGGAUACUUUAUCACCAUGGCGAGAUCAUUCAAAUUCAUAUCCACAUCCAGCUUACUUGGUGUGUACACACGCGUCAUCACCGGUAUCCUAGCCAGGGUUAUGCCUAAGUUCAUUGUGGUCUUUGCCUUUGUCCUGGUUGCCUGGGCCGGGGCAUGGUACCCUGCACUCCGAUCACACAGCCGUGGACUGGCGGUGGACAAUACCACCCAGACUGACAUUGGCCUCAUACUGGAAACCAGUUCUUACUGGGAAAACAUCUUCCUGGGCGUGCGUGUCAUGAUUGAAGGACGUAACCUCAUUGACUACUACAAUAACAAACAACAGCUAGGAGCUCUGUCGGUCUUCUUCUACCUGCUUCUGCUGGCGUUUGUGGCUCUGAUCAUGAGGACGAUCCUGAUCGCUCAAAUGGCCGCCACUUACAACACGCUGAACCGUGACGCUGUGCACCAGCUGGAGAUCAACCGUUCCUGGGUGCUGCCCAGUUUAGAACAGGCCUCCCUCUUCAAUGGAAAGUUCUCUCCGUUUGGUGACUGGCGCAGUCGCUACUAUAACCACAAGGAGACCAUCAGUGCCAAGGACCUGCAAAAGCUGCUGCAGGAGGAGAAGGUGGACGGUUUCGUGCACCUGGAGAGGCUCAUGUUCCGACAGAAAGCUGAGCAAGAUAUGAAACAACUGCAGCUCCUUCAACACAUUGACCACCAGACUAUACUGGAGGAAAAGUGGAAUACUGGCAUUCUGGAGGCCGUCAAGAACAGCCGCCUGGAGCUGCUAGAGCAAUCCAAGCGCCACCACCUCACACUGGUAUCCCAUAGCAACAGUGCCGUCGCCCAGGUUACUGGCCCGGUGACAGGUGAUCACGUGACCCAAGACAACACAGCCAAUCAGGUAGUACCAGCAACUGCUACUGUCGACUCACAGCCCGGGGGGGCCUGGCAGGCUAUCCACAGUCAGCUGAAGACGCAGAAUGAACGCUACGACAGACUUGAAACAUUGCUCUUACAGCUGGAAGGCCAUCUUCCCAGCUCUGCAGGAACAGCUGGACCUCAGCAACAGCAACACCAGCAGCACCAGCAAUCAACCCAGGGAGCGCUAGACACACAGUCCACUGGCAUAGCAAGCAGUCAUGCAGCAGAUCAGGAGCUAAGCUUGGUCAAGACUCUAGUACAACAGCAAUGCACUCAGCUGCAGGAUCUCCGACAGUCCAUGCAGCGUCUGGAGCAGCACAAUCAGGAACUAGCGCAGCAGCUACGCAGCAUCCACGCACUGGGACAGGUCACCAUGACAACCUCUACACCUAGUACCGAUUCUGAGACAAUCUGACAUCGCCAUGCAGCGAGAUUCUAGCCCGGCGUGUGGUGGUCGGAGAGGUAUUAGUGUCACAAUGGGUACUCCCAUGCAGUCUGCCUCGCCAAUAUAAAGAAACACGUUGAAAUAUCAAUGAACAGACACGCUCUUGACCUUGACCAAUCGUUGCUAACUUAUAGCUAGCACGCCCGACGAAACCGGUACUGCCGGGAUUUUCGUACCAGUCACACCACACGCCGCUGCUGGCAGCCUAUUCCAAGUCGUGGCGAUCUGCGGCUGUGUUUAAAACUGCCCGCGCUGUGCGGCUCUGAAUCGCACACAUGGACACCGUACUGCUCUACUAGUAUACAAUUGAACGUGUGAGCACUGCGAUUGGACGACAGGCCAGAACGCCCCACGGUUGUAGACCCAUUGAUGUCUAGCUUAGCAAGAUGAAUACUUGAGUGUUGCCUGAUGACUAGGUAAGCAUGAAACCAGGGAGUCGUAAAAAUACGACUCCCUGCAUGAAACCAGGGAGUCGUAAAAAAAAUUAAAAAGUAUUUUACGACUCCCUGCAUGAAACUGAGUUUAGUGUCAAACUAGCCUGACCACUAUUGUUCUGUGCAUUCUUGCACUGGGUGCAUCAGGCUUCCGGUACUUGAACGUAGAUAUACGCAGAAAGCUGGUUGCUCCCUACACUGACUGCUGCAUAGAGUGUGUGCCGCACUUCCUUCUUAGCAGCAGCUCUACCGAUUGUGAGGGUAUAGAUAGGACCAAGAGUACAUAAACCUUUAUAAUACUCUUGAUAGGACGCAUACCGGUACGGUAUGUGCCAUAUCCAUAAGUGGUUUUGCCAAUUACCGGUAAUCGCCUAGAGACUUCAGCUACCUGCGACUCCAUGCCUAGUGUUGCCAGCUAACAGUAACUGCAGCAUGCUAAAGGAUAGUAAAAAGCUGUCCUGAGUAUCAAUGAUGGAUCAUGAUUUUUUAACGCCUAUGCAGAGGUCCCUGUUGCACAGGACCUCAUGAUAAUAAUUAUUACUAUAUUCGUAUUCAACUGUGCUUGCGGCUAGUCUGUGGGCUGCUUUAUCAAAAUGUGUCAGUUCCACUUUCCCCUGAUGAAAAACUGGCGUACAUGUACGUGGUAAGCUCAUCUACAGUUGUCUAUUUUCUUCAUACUGCAAGUGCAUUCUCCAACGAAGAGCCGCAGACUACAAUAAUUAUACCGGUCUAUAUCUCUAGAUUUCAACCCAAUCCAUGUUCCUCGUUAAUAUAAUAAUAUUAUUUACAUGUCUGACAGCCCUUCAGUUGCACGUCUAUGCUGACAGGUGCUUUCUAUGCUAAAUGUAAGGUCACACAAGAACCACCGGGAGCAGUAUCCAAUCCGGUCGUACCAAAGCCGUUCACACAAUUUGUUUGCCGGUAGUUGGAACAUAAUGUAUGACCUCUUUUAA